UCUCCCUUUUAACACUCUCGCUCUUUAGUUUACGAAUAAUAACAAUAUGCACAAAAAACAACAGGUGCCUAGUGUAGUGGUUAAGGUUGAAUAACCAGCGAGCCUAACAGUGAAUCCAUUCCAUGGCAUUGGUGGUAGAGUGGUACGACUUUGUAUGUUUUGGAAUUGUUGGAGUUUCAAUCCUUGGUGCCUUAUGGAUUCUCUGGAAUAAAGAAGGCUCCUCUGCCUCUCAACCCGAUUUUGACAACUUGGUUGACACGUCAGAGACUCUUCUGGUUGCUUCACCGUCACCUGACAAUAGACUGCCCAUAGGCCAUAUAACCACCUUCCAGCUAUGGACCAGCUGUUGGCGAGGAGUGCACCCUGUUGUUCUGUUAGCUACACGUUUCUUUUCCUUUCUCACCUUGUUCAUCUUAUUAUCAUUGGAUCUUCGUCAAUACGAUGCAACCAUCUUUUACUACUAUACUGAGUGGACUUUAACAUUAGUAGUGAUGUAUUUUGGGUUGGGGACAAUAGUAUCUGCAUACGGAUGUUGGAAAUUGUUGAACAAACCUCCACUUCAAAAUGGGGAAAAUAGGACAGAGUUUAUGAGAACUAGGGAUUUUGAAACCAAAAGUUCCGUUUUUAGGUUCCAAAGCUUGUAUGUUAAAGAGGAUUCUAAACAGAAAGCAGGAUUCUGGGGUUACCUCAUGCAAAUUACCUUUCAGACUAGCGCUGGUGCUGUCAUAUUAACAGAUAUUGUCUUUUGGUGUGUUAUCGUUCCAUUCUUAUCCAUUUCUCGUUUUAAGCUAAACAUGUUGAUGGGUUGCAUGCAUACCAUGAACGCACUUUUCCUUCUUUUGGAUACACUGCUGAACAAUCUUUCUUUUACUUGGUUUAGACUCGCAUAUUUUGUGCUAUGGAGUUGCUCCUACGCUACUUUCCAAUGGGUUAUCCACGCAUGUGGUUUCAUUUGGUGGCCAUACCCAUUUCUUGAGCUUAAUACCACAUGGUCUCCCCUAUGGUAUAUCUGUCUGGCAAUAGUUCACAUACCCUGCUAUGGCAUGUAUUGGUUGAUUGUAAAAGCAAAAAUUAAUAUUCUCCCUAGAUUCUUCCCUCAUGCAUUUUUGAGGUCAUACUAGUUUGGUUUGUCAUUAUAGUUUUAAAUUGUGAUUGAAGUUGUGGUUAAGUUGUAAACUUUUAUAUUGCGGUUAAAUGAAAAGAAAAAUCUAUUUUGUUUU